AUGCCUAUCACAGUUCCAAAAGCCGAUCAUCUCCUUGACCUCUUCAGCCUGAAAGGCAAGGUCGUUGUUGUGACUGGAGCGUCUGGUCCUACUGGCAUUGGCACGGAGGCAGCCCGUGGCUGUGCGGAGAUGGGUGCUGAUCUCGCUAUCACAUAUUCUUCUCGGCCAGAGGGAGGAGAGAAGAACGCUAAGGACAUCAUCGACAAGUAUGGGGUGAAAUGCAAGGCCUACAAAUGCAACAUUGGUGACUACGCCAGCGUCGAGAAGCUCGUGGCAGACGUCAUCAAGGACUACGGCAAAAUUGAUGUCUUCAUUGCCAACGCUGGCAGGACCUCUGAUGCCGGGAUUCUGGAAGAGCCAGUAGAAAAGUGGCAGGAGGUUGUCAACACCGAUCUCAAUGGCACAUACUACUGCGCUAGGGCUGUUGGACUCCACUUCCGCGAACGCAAAACCGGGUCUCUCGUUAUCACUGCUUCAAUGUCCGGCCACAUUGCCAACUUCCCUCAAGAGCAGACCAGCUACAAUGUCGCGAAGGCUGGAUGUAUUCACUUGACCAAAUCCCUCGCCAAUGAGUGGAGAGACUUCGCUCGUGUCAAUUGCAUUUCUCCCGGAUACAUUGACACGGGUCUUUCGGACUUCGUAGACCAGAAAGUCCAAGAUCUCUGGAAGAGCAUGAUCCCAAUGGGCCGCAAUGGCCAGGCUAAGGAAUUGAAGGGCGGUUAUGUCUACCUUGCCAGUGAUGCCUCCACAUACACUACCGGAACCGAUUUGCUCAUUGAUGGUGGUUAUUGCACCCGCUAG